AUGGAGACAACAUGUGUUUCUCUCAUAAAAGAGUUGCAGAAAAUAUGGGAUGAAGUGGGAGAGCCUGAAAAAAACAGAGACAAAAUGCUUCUUGAAUUGGAACAAGAAUGUUUGGAUGCAUAUCGAAGAAAAGUAGAUCAGGCAAACCGUUUUAGAGCUCAACUAAGACAAGCUAUUGCUAACUCACAAGCAGAACUUGCUUCUAUAUGUGCUUCAUUAGGAGACCGAUCUUUACCUAUUAUACAGAUUGAGCCAGGUAGUUUGAUAAAAGAACUUGCAGACAUUUUUCCACAAGUGGAAAUGAUGCAGAAGAAGAAAAAUGAGAGGAAGGUUCAGUUCACAGAAAUUUUGGAUCAAAUACAAAGUUUAUCAAAGGAACUAUUCACAUCCACGAAGGACAAAUCAUGUAUCCCGAUUCUUGAUGAAUCUGAUUUGUCCUUGUCAAGACUGGAAGAACUCAAGAUUGAAUUACAUGCAUUGGAGAAGGAAAAGAGUGAUCGUUUGAAGCAAGUGUUGGACCAUUUAACUACUAUUCAUUCACUUUGUGGAGUUCUUGGGAUGGAUUUCAAAAUUAAAAUUAAUGGGAUUCAUCCCACUUUGGAAAAUCCAGGAAGCAAAAAGAGCAUAACUGAUGAUACAAUGGAGAAGUUGUCUAAUGCAGUUUGUAGGUUGAAUGAGGACAAGUCAAAGAGAUUGAAAAAGGUUCAAGAUCUUGCAACAACCAUGGUGGGGCUCUGGAAUUUAAUGGACAUAUCAAAUGAAGAGCAAAAACGAUUCCAAAAUGUCAUACGUUAUAUAGGUGCUUCAGAGAAUGAAGUCACAGAACCCAAUGCUCUCUCUUUAGAGUCCAUUAAAUUCAUUGAGUCAGAGAUUUUCAAGCUGCAAAAAAUGAAAGCAAGCAUGAUAAUGGAAGUACUCCUGAAAAGGAAGGCAGACUUGGAGCAAAUAUGCAAAGAGGCUCACAUGACUGUUGUAAUGCAUGAAGCAAUCGAUUUUUCUGUUGAAACCUUAGAAUCUGGUGCAGUUGACCCUUUGUAUUUGUUAGAACAAAUAGACCUUCAAAUGUCAAAGGUGAAGGAGGAAGCUUCAGCUAGAAAAGACAUACUUGAAAAGAUUGAUAAAUGGUUAGCUGCAUGUGAAGAGGAAACCUGGCUAGAAGAGUACAACAGGGAUCACAACCGUUAUAAUUAUGGAAGAGGUACCCAUCUCCUUUUAAAACGUGCUGAGAAAGCCCGAGCUUUGGUUCAUAAAAUUCCUGCUAUGGUUGAAACACUGCGUGAGAAAGCCAAAUCAUGGGAGCAAAAAAGAGGAGUUGCAUUUUCUUACGAUGGCGUUUUUUUACUCUCAAUGCUGGAUGAUUACAACAUCCAAAAGCAUGAAAAGGAACAAGAACGUCAAAAGCAAAGGGAACAGAAGAAACUUCAAGGACAAUUGAUAGCUGAGCAAGAAGCACGUUUUGGGUCAAAGCCAAGUCCAAUAAAGAGUGGAAAAAAGCUUAUUAAAGCAGCAAGUAUGAUGAGUUGUAGUUCUACCGAUAGACAAUAUUCAGUUGUUGGCUCAAUGCUUAAAACUCCAAAGCUUAAUCGCACUUUUUCCUCUUCUUCUUCUUCUUCUUCAAAUGCUCACAAUUUGCAUUACUCUUACCACAGUGGUGGUCAUGCAAAAAUCCACCCUGGGAAGAGUAACUUGAGGAGCAGUUCAAAUGUAAAAGCACCUACAAAUCAACAAGAAACCCAAACCCAAACAACAACACCACCACCUAGAAAACCUCUUUCUCCUGUUCUUUCAUCUUUAUCCACCAAUAAUAUAAAAAACCCCAACAAACACAAUGACUUUACCCACAACUCCAUCGUCAACAUCAUCCUUAAUGAAAAUAGGCAUGACUAG